AUCCUUUUCUCUCCUCUCUCCUCAUUGCAUAGUAACCAUGUUCGCUACCAAGGCCACCCCUAUCUUCCGUCAGAUUCGCACUUACAGCACUGCAAAGGGCCUCAAUGAGGUUGUCAUUGUCUCUGCUGUCCGUACCCCCGUUGGCUGCUUCAAUGGUGCCUUGAAGAAAUUCACUGCCCCUCAGCUUGGCUCUAUCGCCAUCCGUGGUGCUAUUGAGAAGGCUGGCAUCAAGGCUGAUCAGGUUGAGGAAGUCUACAUGGGUAAUGUCCUUCAGGCUAAUGUGGGCCAAUCCCCUGCUCGCCAAGCUGCUCUUGGCGCUGGAUGUCCUCUCUCAACUGAGGCUACAACUAUCAAUAAGGUCUGUGCCUCGGGCUUGAAGGCCGUCAUGUUGGCUGCCCAAGGCCUUCAAACCGGCGAUCGUAGCAUCAUGGUUGCUGGCGGUAUGGAGUCCAUGUCUAACGUCCCAUACUACGCUCCCCGUAAUGCAGGCUAUGGACACCAGACUCAAUUUGAUGGAAUUAUCAAGGAUGGUCUUUGGGAUGUCUACAAUCAGUUCCACAUGGGUAACUGCGCCGAGAACACAGCUGAAAAACUCAAGAUUACUCGUGAACAGCAGGAUGCUCAUGCUGUCGAAUCCUACAGCCGUGCAGCCAAGGCCUGGAAAGAUGGUGUCUUUGCCGAGGAGGUGAUCCCUGUAGUAAUCAAAGAUAAGAAGGGUGAUAAGACUGUUUCAGAAGACGAGGAGUACAAGAACGUCAAAUUUGACAAGAUCCCUUCUCUGAAGCCUGUAUUCCAGAAGGAGGGUGGUACUGUCACAGCUGCUAAUGCCUCAUCCUUGAACGAUGGUGCCUCAGCUUUGGUCUUGAUGACCCGUGCUAAGGCUGAAGAGCUCGGAUUGAAGCCCCUUGCUAAGAUCUUAUCCUUUGCAGAUGCAGCCAUGGCCCCCAUCGAUUUCCCUGUAGCCCCUGCGGCUGCCUUCCCUAAGGCUUUGGAGAAGGCCAACCUCAAGAUUGAUGACAUUGAUUUGUUCGAGUUCAAUGAAGCUUUCUCAGUCGUUGCAUUGGCCAACAACCAACUUUUGAAGUUGGAUCCCAAGAAGGUUAACAUCGCAGGAGGUGCUGUCGGCCUCGGACACCCCAUUGGCUCCUCAGGCUCCCGUAUCCUUGUCACUUUGGUUCACUUGUUGAAGCAGGGCCAGAAGGGAGGUGCUGCUAUCUGUAACGGAGGCGGUGCUGCUUCCGCCAUGGUGAUCGAGCGUCUCUAAAAAAAA